GCGUCCGCCAGGGGGCGCGCCGCGACGGGGCGGGAGGGGCCGUCUGGUCUGGGGAAUUAGUACAGGGACGAGCGCGCGCGCGGGUCCCCAACACAUCUGGGCGAGAGCGGCGGCCGCUGGAACCGAGGGGGCAUAUCUGGAGCGGCGGAGCCACCGCGCAGCUGGGGCCCUUCGAGGCGCUCGGGGCGCCCAUCUGGGACCUCGAGAGGGGCCCGUGCCGCGCGCAGCUGGACCAGGGGAGGGGGGCGGCGGCUGCACAGCUGGACCGAAGGGGGCGGGGUCGGUCCUGGGCGGCUGGCAGAGCGGAGGGCCGCGAGUGGCCUGGGACUGGAGCAUGGGACGGCGCGCCUGAAAGAGCAGGGGUGAGGAAGGGCCUGGUACCCUGAGGGGGAAAGACGAGAGAAAGGGGCACGAGAGCAAAGGAGGAAGAUGCAACUGACUCGCUGCUGCUUCGUGUUCCUAGUGCAGGGCAGCCUCUAUCUGGUCAUCUGUGGCCAGGAUGAUGGUCCGCCUGGCUCAGAGGACCCUGAGCAUGAUGACCCUGAGAGCCAGCCCCGGCCCCGGAUGCCUCGAAAGCGGGGCCACAUGUCACCUAAGUCCCGUCCCAUGGCCAACUCUACUCUCCUAGGGCUGCUGGCUCCACCUGGGGAGGCAUGGGGGGUCCUCGGGCAGCCCCCCAGCCGCCCGAACCACAGCCCCCCACCGUCGGCCAAAGUGAAGAAAAUCUUUGGCUGGGGUGACUUCUACUCCAACAUCAAGACGGUAGCCCUGAACCUGCUCGUCACGGGGAAGAUCGUGGACCACGGCAAUGGGACCUUCAGCGUCCACUUCCGACACAAUGCCACGGGCCAGGGCAACAUCUCCAUCAGCCUCGUGCCCCCCAGUAAAGCUGUAGAGUUCCACCAGGAGCAGCAGAUCUUCAUUGAAGCCAAGGCCUCCAAAAUCUUCAACUGCCGGAUGGAGUGGGAGAAGGUGGAACGGGGCCGCCGGAUCUCGCUCUGCACCCACGACCCAGCCAAGACCUGCUCCCGAGACCACGCUCAGAGCUCAGCCACCUGGAGUUGCUCCCAGCCCUUCAAAGUCGUCUGUGUCUACAUCGCCUUCUACAGCACAGACUAUAGGCUGGUCCAGAAGGUGUGCCCAGAUUACAACUACCACAGCGAUACUCCCUACUACCCCUCCGGGUGACCCUGGGCAGGCCACAGAGGCCAGGCCAGGAAUGGAAGGACGGGCCUGCCACACAGGAAGCCAUCUGUCUGGAUACUGGGCAGGGAGAGGAAGGGGCCUCAGGCGGGGAGCGCGGGGGUGGAGAGGAGGAGAGGCCGAGUGGCGCCAGGGCCAAGCCUCAGGUGGCGGGGAAGGGGUCGCAGGUGCUGGCCCCAACCUGAGGCUGUGGAACAACCAGGACACAGGAGCGCUGGCCGAGGAGUGGGUCCUCUGGGCGGCCUCCCAGGGCUUCCCCACUGAGCAAUAGAAAGAUGCUGGGUCCAGGAGGCCCCUGGAGCAAGCAGACCAAUAAAGUCAUUGAGAGGAGCCUAAAACCUUGGCUCCCUCCCUGCCAUCCUGAGAAAGAACACAACGAGGAGAGGGUUAUUUCAUCGGUGUGGACAGCAAGUGGGCACUGAAGGAUGGCGGAGCUGGGGCUUCCUGGGAGCCAGCACCGGGAACUCUCCAGCCCCACCCAGUGGGCAGACCUGAGCCCUCAUCCUGGACUGUGGCUUGAGGCUGAAGUGGUGACCUUUGGAGUCUUCGAUGUCUUGACAAAGAGACCAUCUGCCCCCAGCCAGGCCCCCCUUUCCAAAAUUCCUUCUCUUGCCAUUGCUCCCCACCCCCACCCUUGUGCUGAGCGGACCCUCGUCCUUAAGCUGAGACAGGGGGCGAUCGUAAUUCUCCCAGCACCAAGACCACAUGUGGAAGCCCACCCGUGGGCCACGUGCUCCUCCUCCAUCCCACUCCUUGCUGGCUCCUCGGGGAACGACCUUAUCCAGCGAGUGAGACUUCCAUAGCCAGCCUUGCCCAUCAGCCCAGGUCUUGCCAGGACAGAGAUGCUGCGUCCCUUGUGGCCCAUGGGACCAUCAGCAGCUCGGGGCAGGGUGAGGCCACACUGUGGCGGCUGUGCUGGACCUGUCCCGUAGUGUCUGUCUGUGGGGGUGGGGAGGGGGGAGGUUUUGUGAAAUCAUCAGUUUGUUGACUUCUGUGUGCAGACUCUCGUUCUCAGAUCAAGGAAUAAAGCUU